UCGGUCAGCAGCCGGGGGAGUCGCCGAGGGAUGAGGAGGCCACAGCGCGGUGGACAGCCACCUCUGCUCUCGCGCAGCGCCCCGGAGCCGGGCAGAGCCUGACGUCCUGCCGUCUCCCUUCGCGCACAGGACCCUGCUAGUGACCGACCCGCUGGCUCCCUGCUGCAUGGAACGGCUGCAGAAGCAACCACUUACCUCCCCUGGGAGCGUCAGCUCCUCCCGAGACUCCAGCGUGCCCGGCUCUCCCUCCAGCAUCGUGGCCAAGAUGGAUAAUCAGGUGCUGGGCUACAAGGACUUGGCCGCCAUCCCCAAGGACAAGGCCAUCCUGGACAUUGAGCGGCCUGACCUCAUGAUCUAUGAGCCCCACUUUACCUAUUCUCUCCUGGAGCAUGUGGAACUGCCCAGAAGCCGGGAGCGCUCGCUGUCACCCAAAUCCACAUCCCCCCCACCAUCCCCAGAGGUGUGGGCGGAUAGCCGGUCCCCUGGAACCAUCUCUCAGGCUACAGCCCCAAGGGCUACUGGCACCCCCCGGACCAGCCUCCCCCAUUUCCACCAUCCUGAGACCACCCGCCCAGAUUCCAACAUCUACAAGAAGCCACCCAUCUACAAGCAGAGAGAGUCCAUGGGAGGUAGCCCUCAGAGCAAGCACCUUAUUGAGGACCUCAUCAUCGAGUCAUCCAAGUUCCCUGCAGCCCAGCCCCCUGACCCCAACCAGCCAGCCAAGAUCGAAACUGACUAUUGGCCAUGCCCCCCAUCGCUGGCCGUUGUAGAGACAGAAUGGAGGAAGCGGAAGGCGUCUCGGAGGGGGGCAGAGGAGGAGGAGGAGGAGGAAGAAGAUGACUCUGGGGAUGAGAUGAAGGCUCUCCGGGAGCGGCAGAGAGAGGAACUCAGUAAGGUUACUUCCAACUUGGGAAAGAUGAUCUUGAAGGAAGAGAUGGAGAAGUCACUGCCUAUCCGGAGGAAAACCCGCUCCCUGCCUGACCGGACCCCUUUUCACACCUCCUUGCACGCAGGAACAUCUAAGUCUUCUUCUCUCCCGGCCUACGGCAGGACCACCCUGAGCCGGCUUCAGUCCACAGACUUCAGCCCAUCAUCGGGGAGUGAGACUGGAAGCCCAGGCCUGCAGAACGGAGAGGGCCAGAGGGGGAGGAUGGACCGGGGGAACUCCCUGCCCUGUGUGCUGGAGCAGAAGAUCUAUCCCUAUGAAAUGCUGGUGGUGACCAACAAGGGGCGAACCAAGUUGCCUCCAGGUGUGGAUCGGAUGAGGCUUGAGAGGCAUCUGUCAGCUGAAGACUUCUCAAGGGUAUUUUCCAUGUCCCCCGAAGAGUUUAGCAAGCUGGCUCUGUGGAAGCGGAAUGAACUCAAGAAAAAGGCCUCUCUCUUCUGAUCACCCCACCCUCUCCACGACAGACCCUCACCCCUGCUGCUUCGGGGCUCCGGAGUGGGGGUCACUAGACCUCAAAGCAUCAUCUCUAGGGGGAGCAGUGAGGGAGCUCAGGUGGGGUUGCUCCAUCCCCCGGGUGGAGGGGCUCAAGACCUCUGCGGUGCCAGAGCUCUGGGACACGGACCUUCUUCCCCACGACGAGCCUGCGAGCCUGCGUGCUCCUUUCCUCACCCCUGGUCCCCAUGGCACAUGUGGUCUAAAAUCCCGCACACGGAGUGAAAGUGUGUGCCCUCUCCCUGCCCCCCCCCCACUUGAAGUUCCCCAGAAGAGAGCAAGGAGAAAAGGACGUGGUACUUAGUGGUCAGGCCUGUCCUGACCAAACGGUGUGUCGCACCCUCAGGCCUGGUAGGAGGGUAAAGGUGGGGCAGCCAGGCAGGCGGGGAGAGCUCCAGGACCCUAUGUGCCCGAGCGCUCCCCCUCGCCUCCCCUUAACAGCACCCCCUGCACUGGGCAUCUAAGCAAGCCAGAGCUCAGCCUCCAGCAGGGAAUCACCUGCUGUCCAGCUUGCCCUGUCCUCUCCUGGCAACCCCCAAGCUUCAAAGCCUCUUGCUCCAGCCCUGUGGCUUCCCCAGAAGCCCUGGCUUAGAGUGGAGAUGUCACCUAUCCAAAAUCCCAGCCCACUGUCAGUCUCCAGGCAGAGUCAGCUAGAAUCCUACCUUCUAGCACCAGCUCAGGUCCUAGGCACAACCUAGGCCUUCAGGCGCCCUUGGAUGGGAUCAGCAGGCCAGGCUACCAGGCAACCCGGUGUCCUGGCUACCAGGUCCCACCCACACCCAUGCACCCCUAACUAUGCUCUCUAAAGAAUGUAAUUUAUUGGGGUACCCCCCCAGCUGCUUUCUUCACCUAACUCUCUGCCAUACCUUAUUCACACUCCCAGCUUUUCUUCUCUACAGACAUA